AGACCAAUUACAAAUUCACAGGUAUUCCAGGAAUUUAAAGUAGUGAAGCAAUAUUCUUCUCUGGUCGUAAUGUAGCACAUGUGGAACGGACAAGUGCUGUAAAUCAAAAGUUAUGGAUAACACCUUUGUUCAGGGCUGGUAGUGCAGUACCUUCGGAUAUCAUUUUAUCAACUUUGCAAUUCUACGUUGUAUUUCUCACGAAAUUACGGCAUGUAAAGUGUUGGUCAUGCCACUGAUACUUCUGCUUUUGGUGUGUUAUACAUCAGCGUCGUCCAUACUACCAGCGGAGGAGCAGUGCUUGUUGGAGGUGGCGGAGUUAAAGCAGAACAUCCGCGGACUGGAGAACAAACUGUUGAUCGGCGCUUGGAAGCUGAACAAACUGCGAGAAUACAGCUACUUCCACCUCUCGCACAGACUGCCGCCACCGAGCCGCAAUGGCACCGCCGUGGAGCCAACCCUGCUUCCCACCACGUCUGGGAAUCUCAUUGUACAUGAUCGCGACUGUUCGAUGCUGUAUGACAGACUGAAGCCAGAAAGCGGGUUCUACCGAAUCAAACCAAAAUCGACAUUGGAGCCGUUUCUGGUCUUCUGCGACAUGUCUGACGGGGGAGGCUGGACAGUCAUACAGCAGAGACGAAACGGAAAAGUGGAUUUCAACCGAGACUGGAGUGCGUAUAAAGAUGGAUUUGGUAAUUUUAAAAGAAACAAUGACGAAUUCUGGCUGGGGAAUGAACGAAUUUACGAGCUACUCCGGGGAGGUGAAAAUAUGAUGAAGAUUGAUCUGAUGGACUGGAAAGGAGAGAGGAAGUAUGCCAUGUAUGAAAACUUCAGAAUUGCAGAUGAGGAGGACAAGUACCGGCUGCAGUUCGGCAUGUACAGCGGCCAGGCGGGGGAUGCCCUGUCCGGGGGCACAAACAUGGCCGACCAGUGGUCCAUCAGCCACAACAGCAUGCAGUUCAGCACCAGAGACCAGGACCAGGACCGCUACCUGCAGGGCAGCUGCGCAAAGGAGAACAAGGGCGGCUGGUGGUACAACAGGUGCCAUGCAGCCAAUCUGAACGGAAAGUUCUACAGGGGAGGGGAGUACAAAGGAGAGUACGACAACGGCGUGGUGUGGCUGACCUGGAGGGGCCUGUGGUACUCGCUGAGGCACACCUCCAUGAAAGUGCGCCCGCCGGCCUUCAUGGACAGCCUGGGCAGCGGGGGCGGGGCCGAGGAGUAGCCUUCUGACAUCACAAUGAGUGACAGCGUUUCCCAGGGGAAUAACUUUAGUUUGAAUAUUGGGGAGGGGAGGGGAGGGGAGGGGAGGUGUUUGAAAAGCAUAGACCCUGAGAAGUGCCAUCUUCUAGAGGGGUUCCCCCGGAAGAAAUUUUUUUUUAAAGAAGGGGAACAUUACUUCAGACUACUAAUCAGUCUAUCCCAAUCACAACAUGAAAUCCCCUUCUUUAUCAUAUAAAAUAAUUUCUCUCAUCAUCAUACUAAAUUAUUUGGCCUGUUUUGAAAUAUUGGGGGGCAAUAACCCCCCUAUCCCCCUCAUAAAUGAUACCCUUGGCUUUUCUGUCACCAGGGUGAUGACUCAUGGCAGUGAUAUGUAACUUGCAUUCCAGUCCACAUUCAGUAAAUGGUAUGAGCCAAAUCAUGUGGUGUAUAUAAAUACAUUAAUAGAUUCAUUUCAUAUAUAGUUACGGUGUUUAGAUAGGGUGAUAUGGUUAAGACAGUUGCAGUAUUUCUAUGGGAAAGGGAUAGGUGUGCUGAUUUUUACAUUUUCAUUUGGCCCACAUGGCACAUUCUGAUGGAGACCCAUAUUGACCCAUAAGUGGCCCAUACUGUAUACCCAUAAUCAAUGUUAUGUUGUCAUGUUUCUUUCAUAGGAUAUAUGCUUUACAUGCAAGUUUUUAUAUGACCUCUGUAUAUUUCCUACAGCUUUGUAAUUUUUUAGAAACGGUUAGUGUAUAGAUUUUGUGCCGUUUGUGUAGCCUCGUAUGAGUGCAUGGCUAGCAGCAAGACUGUUACCCUUAUACCCUACCCUUAUUCUCUGUAGUGGCAAUAAACAGCAUAUGAACACACUUGAGACCUCUUGGUAUGCAAUCAAAGUAUUGCUGAAUAUGUAUGAUGAUGACGCAAUACAGGCAACUGCCAAACCAAAGGAAACAUCAACCACAGUAUCCCUCUCUGUAAAGUUUUCGAAAGACUGUUGAAACGGCUUGCACACGUCCCAAAUUGAUAUCUGCACUCAACUGAUUCAAAGGUGUGGAUCUGUUCUGCUUUGCAUCUCUAACCAAUGUAUAGACAUCACGGUUAGGAAGCAUAU